CACUGUUUUAUUUUAAUCCCCCCUCUUGAGGUGCCUUCCUUCUCUUUUAUCGUCUCUUUGGUUCAACCUGCGGUGGACUCUGGGAGACGUUUUCUGUCAUCAGAGGGACUUUUGAAGACACUUGUUGCCUGAUGGAUCUGUCAGACUUUCCUUUCCCUCUCUCGUCGGCCGACGACCUCUACGACCCCUGCUUCAGCACCAGCGACCUCAACUUCUUUGAUGACCUGGACGCCCGGCUGAUGCACGUGGGCCUGCUGAAGUCGGAGGACCACCUUCACCACCACGUCCCCAGCGCCGAGGAGGAGGACCAGCAUGUUCGGGCCCCGGGGGGCCUCCACCAGGCGGGCCACUGCCUGCUGUGGGCCUGCAAGGCCUGCAAGAGGAAGACGACUCAUGCCGACCGGAGGAAGGCGGCGACGAUGAGGGAGAGACGGCGGCUCAGUAAAGUCAACGACGCGUUUGAGACCCUGAAGCGCUGCACGGCCUCCAACCCCAACCAGCGGCUGCCCAAAGUGGAGAUCCUGCGCAACGCCAUCAGCUACAUUGAGUCUCUGCAGGCGCUGCUGAGGGCCGGCCGCGACGACAGCUUCUACCCGCCGCUGGAGCACUACAGCGGGGACUCGGACGCCUCCAGCCCCGGAUCCAACUGCUCUGAGGGGAUGAUGGAUUUCAUCUCUCCGUGUUCAACCAGAAGUGAAAACAGUGACGCGUCCUUCUGCAGCCAGACAGCAGACGAUUGCAGCAGCAGCAGCAGCAGAAAAACGUCGCUCAUUUCCAGCUUGGACUGUUUGUCCAGCAUCGUGGAGCGGAUCAGCACCGACCCGGCUGUGGCCCCCGUCGGCGACAGCGUGGUCCCCCGAGGCCCUGGGUCACCUCACAGCAGCCCGGCGGUCUCCAGUCCGCCCGCCGAACCCAACAGCAUCUACGAGCCGCACUGAACCCGAAGCAGGCGAGGACUCAAAUUCCAUUAAGACAAACUUUUCCCUCCAUUUUGAAGGAGGAGAGCAGGUGGCAUCGUGACACAUCGUGUAAUAUUCCUGUUUUCUGCAGUAAGUCGCUGAAAUAGUGACGUAUAGACGAGAUCGCUUGUAAAAAAAACAAACAAAACCUUUUUCUCCUGAAAUUUCAGUCCAGUUUCUUCAGGUUUUAGCCUCCUGGAUGAACCCAAGGCUGCAGAAUUCUCACCGAGGACCUUUUCCAGACUGAUUUCUGCCGAUGAUCACUGAGGACCAUGUGGUGCCGCCUGUAGUAAAGAGCCGACUGUUCACAUGAUGUCAAACAUUCAAAGGGGUGCUGAGAUUGUUGUGUCAUAUGUUUCUGUAUUAUUUAUGAGUUAAUGAAAUUUUAAUAAAGAAAUAUUUAUAUUGUGA